GUAAACAUUCUCUUAGUAAUCAUCAAAAUAUUGCCAGCUUGGCUCAGAAGCUAUGAAGCUUGGCUAUGAACAGAGAAAUACAAACGACAAACGAUUACACAUAAGGAAGGAUCAAGCUCCCCGAAAAAAACGUGAAAAUGGACGGAACCUCUCUGCGUGCCGUGAGAAUUGAGUGUGUGCUGCGAGUCCUGCAGGAAGCUGUAGAGAUAAUUAAGAUGUCGUUGCUUCUGCCCAAAUUGCUUCAGGAGCCGCAGAAACUUCGCCAGGUGCUCGAGGGUACCUCUUACGAGGAGAUCCUCAAGCCGGUUGAGGAUCUACUGGAAAGCCAUAUGACCCGCGUGGGGUCAGAGCUGACGCUCCCAAUCGACCACGAAACGAUCAGGAUUCUCGACUACUUUCAGAAAAACUACCAGAUCUACAAGUUCUUCCCCCAAUUAAUGCGCAACCUGAGUGACAGGGACCGCACCAUUUUAGUCUCGUUCCAAGUUCUCUUGGACAUUGCCAAAGACCAUUUGUACCGAUCAUCCCAGAGCGAAAUCAGCAAGGAGCGGAUGCUGCACGAGAUGUACCACAAAAACGAGGACAUACGGAAAAAGAUCGCGAAUUUGCGGAAGGACCUGGCCACCCGCCGCGUUAUGGAGAAAUGGAAGAUGGCGGCCAAGGGCAUCUACCUGGUGAAGGUCGAGGACGAUCUGGCCUACAAGAAGUGGCAGAACAAUGUCCGCAUUCAGAAUGAGAUCGAGAAAUGUAGCCGCGCCAUGCGCAUUAACCACAGGAGCAGCUUGGAGAAGCAAAAGGAGCUGGAGGAACAGCUGCAGAUUGCCAAGGAGGCCUACUCAAAGCUCACCGAUAAGCAUCUGAUGGAAGAGCAGGAGGCCCGCAAUGAAAAGAACAAGCUGCUGCUGCAGCUUCAGAGUCUGGUAAAGAAGUACGACGCAAACAUAGGUGAUGUAAUGCGGGAGAAUCUGGUGCUCCAAGACCAAUAUCUGGUGGCUAAGAAGGCGCUCGAUAGCUUCAUGGUCGUGUACCGGCGCGAGGAGGCCAUCUACAAUGACAUCGUUGUGCAGCGUGAAGAGGAGGAGCGCCGGCGCCAACAGCAGCGUCUCGUCGUCUUCAUGAUGAAUCGGGCAGCUUCGAAGAUACAAAAAUAUUGGCGCAAGUGGCGCAAAGAUCAGCGCAAGAAGAACAAGCGCCUGAAGAAGGGAAAGAAGGGGAAGGGCUAGGGUAAUACAUUUGGGUUUUCAAUACUUUCGU